CGAAUUCACCAUAUACGAAAAACCGCCUGUCAGUAACUAACUCUGGUACUUUUAAAAUACUACUGGUGGAUGGAAACUCGUAUAAUGAUUGCGACAUUGCGAAAUGAGGUACUGAAAAUGACAGAUCAUAUUCGUAAUCAAAAAAGAAGAAUUUAAUAAAUUAUUUGGAAUUACAUCAAGAGAAAUGAGUACCUUUUAGUGCAUCUUCAUAUUCACUGGAACAUAGUUCUUCAAAAGAUCCGAAUUCACACCAAGACAAAAAAAAUGCUUCCCAGUAUAUCUUCAAACUCUCUGAAACUCUCUGCGUAUUCAAAUUCACACCAAGCAAAGCAAGUGCAUUUUAGUGCAUCUUCAAGUUCAUUGGUGCAUAGUUCAACAGAAUAUACGUAUUCAUGCCAAGAUGACCAAGUGCUUUCCAGUGUGUAUUCAAACACACUGAAACAUAUUUCUUCAACAUAUUCAGAUUCACACCAAGACAAGCAAGUGUUUUCCAGUGUGCCUUCAAAUACAUUGACGCAUAUUGCUUCAAAAGAUUCGCACCAAGGCAAGCAGGCGCCUUUUAGUGUAUCAUCAAAUUCAUUGGUUCACAGUUCAAAAAAAUAUUCGUAUUCAUGCCCAGACAACCAAGUGCUUUCCAGUGUGUAUUCAAAUUCAUUGGGAUAUAAUUCUUCAAAAUAUUUGGAUUCCCACCAAGACAAACAAGUGUUUUUUUGUGCAUCUGCAAAUUCAACAGAAAAUAUUUCUGUGAAAUAUUUGGAUUCUUGUCAAGAGGCAUAUUCGAGCGUUAGUUGUUCAAUAGAUAUUGAAAAUCCAUAUUAUGAGAAUGAUUGCACACACCCAGACUCGGAGGAUGACGAUUUUAUUCUUGGUAUUAAUGUCGACCCCUACAUUCGAGAAUACGGAACUCCUCCAGAAAUGGAGGAUUAUCACUAUGAUGUUAACUCUUAUUAUGAAGAAAAUGGUUCACCUCUAGUAAAUGACUGCAGGUUUGAUUCUAACUAUGUGACUUGUAAUGAAGACAAUGACUCACUACUGGAUGACGAUUGGGGGAUUCAUCUUAAUUAUGAUGCUGACCCUAAUUAUGAAGAAAAUGACUCACUUCCAGAAGAUCACAAUGAGGUCAAUUUUAAAUAUGAUGCUCAUCCAAAUUAUGAAAAAAAUAGCUCAAGUCCAGGAGAUGACUGGGGUUUUAAUUCAAAUCAGGCUCUUGAUUUUAAUUAUGAUAAAACCGAUCCAUCUCCAGGAGAUGACUGGACGUUUAUUUCUAACUAUGAUGCUCAUAAUGAAGAAAAUGACUCAAUAUCUAAAAAUGGCUGUAUAUUUCAUUUCAAAUAUAACGGUAACCCUAAUUAUGAAGAAAGCGAUUCACCUCCAGGAAUUGAUUCGAGAUUUGAUUCCAAUCAUUAUGCCGCUCCUAAUUACAGAGAAAAUAGCUCACCUCCAGGAAUUGAUUGGAGAUUUGAUUCCAAUCAUUAUGCCGCUCCUAAUUACAGAGAAAAUGACUCACCUCCGGGAAUUUAUUGGAGACUUGAUUCCAACGAUGAUGAUAACCCUAAUUAUGAAGAAAGUGACUCAUAUUUGGGACAAGAUUGGGGCUCUAAUUCUGACUAUGAUACUUAUAAUGAAGAAAAUGGUUCAAUUCCUGAUGAUGAUGAGUGGUUUAAUUCUAAAUAUGAUGUUGAUCCUUAUAAUAAAGAAUAUGAUUCACCUCCAGAAGAUGACUUUGAAUGUAUUUCUAACUACGACGUCAACCCCCAUAACAAAGAAAAUAAACUUCUGGAUGUUAAAAAUGAACAUGCUUUUCUGCUUCAGUUUUAUGAGACACUUGUGGAUGAAUUGAUGGGGAAAUUUUCUAUCGGACACCUAGAUAUACGUUCUUCACUACAAUAUAUGAUAAGCAAUCAUCGUAGAGUAGUUAAAGGUCAGUUACCAUCAGAAACCGAUUAUUGUAAUAUAAGCUAUUGUCUCGGUUAUUUACAUCGAUAUGCUGCUUGCCAUUCGGUUUUGAUAUCAGACUCUGUGUCUGCCAUCCUUAAUUCUUCAUCUUCUUAUGUCUUAAAUACAAAAUUAAGCAGGGAGCAACUGAAUGUAAUGUUUCUGGGAGGUGGCCCAGGCAAUGAUUUUGUAGGAUUCUUAACUGCAUUGCAUAGUUAUCGAGACUACCUGCUGAAUUUGGACGUGACCGUUGUAGAUAAAAUGAGUGGCUGGGAAGAUGUAUUCAAUGAAACUGUUCAGAAAUUGAAGAAAAGCGGAUAUGGUAAAGUUUAUCAUAUUUUUGAUGAUGUGGCCAUAACAACAUCUUUUAUUUCAGCUGAUCUGAAAAAUGGUGAUGAGUGGAACACUGACAUGCAAAGUAAAUUGCAGAGAGCUGACAUUGUAUUCUUAGUCAAAAUUCUUUCCCAUGUUCCAAACGAUGCAAAGCUUGACGUGUUAGAGAACAUUAUUCUCCAUAUGAAGCCUGGAGCUCUUCUGAUUUUUGCCGAUUCUCCUUAUCCAAGUAGAGAGUUUGAAUCUGUGGCGAGACGUUUGAGACUUGUAUAUAAAUCAAGAAAGAAAAGCUACGCCAUGAAGGCCAAAAAAUUUAAAUUCGGAUAUCAUAAUAUAACAAGAUGUACUGCUCAAGUGAGAAUAUUCGAAAGAUGGUAGAUACCCGAUCGCUAAUGUCGUCGACUGUAUGGAAUCUGAAUCUCUUCCCGUCUAUAUUGAUUAUCCAUAUCCUUCCAGAGUAUUUUCGUCUUUGAAUUCCAGUCUUAGAUCUGCAUACCAUUCUCCAAAAGAUAAAUACAAAUUUGGAUACAAAUACUCCAAAUUUGGAUGGCCCAACAACACUUUUUGCCAUGCUGAAGUGAGAAUAUUUGAAAGGCGUUAGGACAAUUUUCAACUAUGUCAUUUUUUUUUUUUGUAUAUAAUAUAUGUGUCAAAGUGAAUGUCAUGCAAUUCACUUCAUAAUCAUGAAGUUUCUGUUUAGAAUUUUAUUGUUUAUAUAAUUUUUGUGUUAAUUAAACACAGAUGCUAAUUUGAUUCGAAUAAAUAUUUGGUCUUAUUAGUUAAGUCUAUGCAUUUAGUCUGUCUAGAUUUUAUAUCAUUGUAAAACACUGUCGCUAUAUCUGAUAAAUAGAUCAAAAUUUUUC